CUCCUCAGUCUCUCACCUCACUCUCGUGAAAUCACCAUGGGGCUCACAACACUUCAUCCCAUUCCUCUCUCGAAGCUUCCCACUGCCUCCACUUUCCUCCCUAAACCCUUUCUUCCUCCUAGACAACAAACCCUAAUCACCCCCUCAGCUGCACUUUUAUCUCGAUCAAUUUUUGUGAGAAAUCUGUUGACGAGGGCAACCUCAUCCGAUGAAACAUCCGGGUCAAGUAGUUUUUAUGGUGAGAAGCGUGACGGUGUUGUAAUCUUGGAUGAUGUCAAAGGAGCUGGUGAGAAUGGAUUCAGUGAAACUGUGGUGAGUCAAGAUCCAAAGGAAGAGGUGCCCGUGGAUGAACAAGCGUUUGCUCUGUUGGAUGAUCUCAAUAUGAAGCUGGACUUAAACGAUACUGGUUCUAUUGUCUUGUAUGGUAGCGGUGCUGUAGUGGCCCUGUGGUUGUUAUCAGCCGUUAUUGGUGCAAUUGAUUCUAUCCCUCUGUUCCCCAAGUUGUUGGAAGUUGUAGGGCUUUCAUAUACAGUUUGGUUCACUACCCGUUAUCUGCUUUUCAAGAAAAACAGAGAUGAGCUAGGUGCUAAAAUAGAGGAGCUCAAGGAACAAGUAAUUGGUUCAGAAGAUAAAUAAUUGUACUGAAAGUAUGGGUUUUUAUUUUUCGGCUGUGCUUACAGUAUGAUUGUACAGUUACGUCCCUUCUAGUUAAGUGAAUUUGUUGAUUUUCUUCUCCAUCCCUCAUACCGCCUCUUUGCUACACAGGCAAGUACUGUAGAUUUUGUUUUGGUUGAUAAGUAGUAUAGUGUCAGCAUCUGUAUUCCAUUAUUCAAAGUGUUGCUAGUGCUUAAUCUGUUUGUGCAUUGUGGCUAUCCAUUGCACUUUUCACUGGUUGCACAGGUUUGAGUUUAAAUAAUGGCUUUGCAUAGUAA